AUGUCUAAUCCAAGCGCUGAGCUGCAGUCCACACUGCAAGAUCUGUCCAUCGGCGGAAAAGGACCAAUUCAGGACCUCGUUCGCCCAAUUGUGACAAAGAAUACGACAUCCAAUCCAAAAAUCAAGAAAUCUAAACAACCGGUCGCCGAUUCCUGGGAAGAUGAAGCCGAAUCGUCAGAUGAGGAGCUCUUAUCUCCUUCAGAUUCAGACAAAGCAAAAAUAUCAUUUCUUUCGCCUACCCUCAGCGCGACGAGUGCGGAAGGCCCCCUAGAUCCUCCGCCCACGCCUAUUUCACCGCAGGUUUCUCGGGCAUGGGGCGCGGCGUCCCCUGUAGGACAGACUCGGCGACCUGAAAAGCAGACUGCGGUUGCUAGUCGGCUAAUUGCUGGUGCAUUGGGCAUCAGGGCACCUAAGCGUACUGAGGAAGAGCGCGCCUAUGAUCGCGCGACCAAAGAGCAAGAAAUCAAGCGCCGGAAUCGUGAGCGCGAAGAGCAGGCUAAGGCCAAAGAAAAUGAAGAACGGGCGAAGGCAUCGGUGUGGACUGACUGA